AAAAGUAUUAGAUUUCUUUCCUUAUUAUCUAAAUUGACUGUAGAUAUAUAUCUUGAGAUUGUAUGACUAAAUCCCAAUCAUUAAAAAAACACAUCAAAAGCAAGAUAAAGAGAGAAUAACAUAGAGAGUAAGCAAAAGCAUAUCCUGAAAAGAUGUCUUCAUUGUACACUCAGUCUUUACCCCUCCUCGCCAUCGGAGCAAACAACGUUAACCCUAAAGAGUCGGCGCUGACGAUGAUCCAACAAUCCAACACCGUUGUUUCGCCACCACCACCAAAAAAUCGAAGAAACCAACAUGGAUAUCCAAAUCCAGAUGCUGAAGUGAUAGCGUUAUCUCCCAAGACGAUCAUGACGACAAACAGAUUCCUCUGUGAAGUGUGCAACAAAGGAUUUAAGCGGGAACAGAAUCUACAGCUUCACGGGAGAGUACAUGACCUUCCAUGGAAUCUGAAACAAAAGUCAGAAAAAGAAGUGAGGAGCAAGGUAUACAUUUGUCCGGAGCCCACGUGCGUCCACCAUGACCCGUCACGUGCUCUCGGAGACCUCACCGGAAUCAAGAAGCAUUAUUACCGGAAACACUGUGAGAAGAAGUGGAAAUGCGGGAAAUGUCCUAAGAGUUAUGCUCUUCAAUAUGAUUGGAAAACUCACUCUAAGAUUUGUGGUACCAAAGUGUGUCGAAGUGACUGUGGUACCAUCUUCAAUAGUAGAGACGAUUACAAUUCGCACAAGACAUUCUGUAAUGCAUUAAAACAGGAGUCAGCAAUAAAUCCUAUGGUGAGCUUCCCGGAAAUGGGAGCAGCCGGUGGUGGAAGUGGUGGUAGACAUUGUUUUUAUGGCGGUGCUUCAUCUGCUCUUGGAAAACAAGACUUUUACGCCAGUGAUCUUUCUGCUCGUGGCGGACAUGGCUUUUAUUGCGGCGCUGCUUCUGCUCUCCCUCACAACCAAUUCGGUAACAACUCAAACACUGGUUUAACCCCUCCUGCUGCAGAAUACAAUCUUAACCGUUCAUCUUCCGAAAAGUUUGAAAAGCUCGUUCCUCAGCCCACCAACCCUAAUCACGGCCCAACCAACUUCCUCAUGCAAUGCUCUUCGAACCAAGGAUUGUUGGCAUACAACGAUCAGACUCUCAGAAGCCAGCGCGAUUUGACUUGGCUCGGUGAUAGGAUAAACAAUAACAACAACAGCACUAACCUUGGAUAUUUUCAGAACAACACCAAGAACUCUAAUCAGGCUCUUUUCACCGGGGGUGCGGCCAACAACGAUAAUUCUGCUUUGCUAAGAGGGUUAACUUCUUCAUCUACAUCUUUGUCAAGUGUGGUCGUUAAUGGAUUUGGAAAAAAUCAGAAUGGAAACCUUCAUGGUCUAGUGAACUCUGUACCUGUGACAAAAAAUCAACAAGGCUGGUCCCAUAGUAAAGUUUUUGGCCCUCAUUUCGGUAACAACCUUAGCAUGGGACGCGCUAAUAUGUUCACUUUUGAUUUUCUUGGUGUUAACGGAGGAAUUGUGAGCAGUGGUCGUAACCCAGAUCCUCUGGACACUGAGUUGAAGUUUUCAUCUCCAAAGCAUCCAUUUGGAAACCCUUGAGAUGAUUUUAUGAAAAUAUAUGUUGUUGGGUUUCAUAGGAGACAUUAUUAAUAAGUUUUCUUUCGUUUGUUAUUGUUAACUAUUGCAUGGA